UGGUUUGAGUUGCUCUAGAUUAUUGCAGGUUAUGUUUUUAACAUUGUUAUUAACUGGAUAUCAAAUGGGUGAUGUAAUGCAGCAUUUAUCCUCUCAGGGGAAAACUUAAGUAGAUGCACAGGACUCCAAGCAACAGCUGCUGCUAUCACUGGGUGCUUUCCCAUGGAUGUUAUCAAGUGUUAGCUUGGACUGUUUGCAAACUUCAGUGAUGGUCUUACGGAAAAGCUGACUUUUCCCCAGAGAUUUGGCUUGCGGCACCCUCCUUAUCCGAGUCUCUCUGCAGCAGAUUGCUGAGGUGCAGAGGAACUCAGGUUAACCAGGUCCUGGCAAUGCUGUUUCUGCAGCCCCAGUGUGGAGAGCCAACAAGCACUUGGUCAGCCCAUCUGGAGGCGAAUAGCACUGGAGAGAAUCCCAGAGGCGGCAGCAGGUCCUGACAAACGCUCCUCCCGCACAUAACCCUUUGUGGGUGUUGCAGAUAAAUCAUCCUUGUCUUAAGCAGAGGGAUUUUGUGUCCGGUUUUCCUGAUAUCCAUAGAGAGGAGCUGUGCAAAGCAGUAAUUUGAAUCUCUGGCUGAGGACAGCUGAGCCUGGGCUGCGUCGUGGAGAUUAUCUGAUUGUGCUUUGGAUUUAAUGCCCUGAGAAAUCUUGCUUUGGACACAGCACCUGCCUUCCUGCGAGAUCCUGCUCUUAGCUGAUUUGCCUGCUGGGUGACGCUGGCACACAGAAGGUCAAACGGACGUGUCCAAGGUCCCAAGGUGGGGUAAGCCAGCUUCCAAACUACGCUGCUCGGAAGAACAGCUCUCUGCCUCUGAGUUCCCUGCUGCAAGGAAGAGGACAGGGCUGCCCUGAGCCAUGUCCAACGACCCUCCGCCACCCUACCCGGGAGGCCCCUCGGCACCGCUGAUAGAAGAGAAGCAUGGCCCACCCAUUGCAGCAGAUGGCGUCACCCCAGUUGUGGGACAGCCCCAGGGGGUUCCCAUCCCCCCACCUGAAUUUGGACCUCCCCCAUAUGAGCCACCCUCCCAGCCAGGAUUUGUGCCCCCCCACAUGCCCACAGAUGGCUCUGGGCCCUACGUGCCACCUGCAGGUUAUUACCCCCCGCCAGGCCCUCACCCCCCCAUGGGCUACUACCCUCCCCCAGGCCACUACCCCUCUCCUGGUGGCCACACGGCAACAGUGCUUGUCCCGUCUGGGGCUGCCACCACAGUGACGGUGCUGCAGGGUGAGAUCUUCCAGGGUGCCCCCGUGCAGACGGUGUGUCCCCACUGCCAGCAAGCCAUCACCACCAAGAUCACCUAUGAGAUUGGGCUCAUGAGCUUCCUUCUUGGCUUCUUCUGCUGCUUCGUGGGGUGUGAUCUCUGCUGCUGCCUGAUCCCCUGCCUGUUCGAUGACUUCAAGGAUGUGACACACACGUGUCCCAACUGCAAGGCCUACAUCUACACGUACAAGCGCAUGUGCUAACAGCACCCCAGGAGCCCCAGGAGCCCGAGCCACUGGAAUGACACCGGCCCCUCUCCCGCUGCCAUCCUAGUCUAUGCGUGUGCAACACUCCUUUGCUUAACCCUGCGGUGGUGUGUAUGUGUGUAUCCUGGCUCCCUGCCGCUCAGAGCUGUGACCACCUUCCCCAAGCUCUGGUCCUCGCUGUGAACAGUUAGAUUGGCAAUGCUGACACACAGGGGAGGUGGGCCCAGGCCCUAGAUGCUGGUGGGGGGGGGGGGCUGCCCCACAGUGUGCAGGAGUGGGGGGUGUCGCUCUGCCCCCCCUUAUGCUCCAGUGUGCUAGCGAGGCCCCUCUCGCCUGGAGCAACCCUGGUGCUGGAGGCGCCCACCCCUCAGUGCCCCACAGCACAGGGGAUGCCCAGCGGCAGGGACAUGCUGCUUCUGGCAGGGGGGCACCUGCAGCAUCGGGGAGGGAAGGGGACAGGGGCAGCCCACAGAGCACACAGAGGGGGCACCAUGGCCCCUGUGGCCUUUUUAGGAAGGGGCCUGGUGACAAGGCAACAGAUAGUGCUGCACAGGUACCAGGUCUCAGCACGGUUCACGGCCCUCUCCAGCCAGGUCAGCGUGCAGCCCGUAGGCAAGGCCGCUUCCCAAGGAGAGACAGGCAGAGCUGCCUUUGAGGCACGGUGGGGGGAGAAACGGCAGCAGCACCGCACCCCUGAUCAGCACCUCCGUCCUGCCAGCAUGGCUACCAGGCUACCAGCGCCGGUGGCUGCGGCUGCUCCAGCUGCAUGCACCUCCUCCCAGCCCCCAUGGUGGCUCUUCUGGGGAAGGAAAGCCCCUGGCAGUUCCUCGCCCACCUGGCAAACUGUUACCGAAAACGUAUCCGGCAUGUCACUGCCUGCCCCAGCACUGUAGAUUAGAGGAGUUUGUUACCAGGCCGCAGCUGGCUCGCAGCUCUGGAGCAGACCCCUGCCCACCCACUGCGGAGCCACUCCCAAGCCCAGCAGGGUCUGUGGGCACACACCCUGCAGCACCCAUCCUGCCGCCACUGCAGCUGCACCCUGGGGGGUUCCUCGUUGCAUGUGGGUGUAGGGGUUUAUUUUUAGCUCACUUGAUACGGGGCAGAAGGAAGGGGCCAAGCAGGCAGCGACAGGAGCUGCCAGCAGCACUAGAUGGAUGAGGGCAAGAGGACCCGGGAACCAUUUUCAGCCUCUGGGGCUGCUUUCCCCCUCGGGGCCCCAGCCCCUGCAGCCAGGGCGGCUGGAGCUGCAGCCCCGAGAGCAAAGCGGGGGUCUCCCACUACACAGGUCUGCAAACUCAGCCUGGCCUGCACAGGCAGCUGCUGUUUGCUCAGAGGUGGAACUGUGGCACUAGUCAAGUUUUUAUGUAAAUAAAUAACAGACCCUGA